GUGUCAAGGGUUUAGACCUUGUCCCUUUGCAUCCACGUGACGAACGCCAUGGCGCUUGCGGUUCGCCUCAUCGGCCGCCGCCGGCUCCUCCCGCCGCCUCUCGCCGCCGCCGUUGCUCACCUCUCUGCUGCUUCCCAGAGCCCGUGCUGCCACCACCCACUUCCUAUCCCCGCGCUCCCGUUGCCCCCUCGUGAGCUCCCUCCUUUUGCUUUCCAUUCGCGAAGCUUCUCGUGGUACUCCCGCUCCGGGUCCGGGUCUGGUUCCAGUCCCGUCACCGCUGCCGCGGACGCUCCCGGAGAGGAUGUAUACACCGAGAAGGAAAGCGUGUACUUGGAUGGCGUGACAAUCGUUGAUGACGGGGAAGGGGUCGCCAGCGGAGCGGGUGCUGCGGCGGAUGCCGUGGGAGGUGCCGCCGGCGCCACGGCCGACGGCGUUGGGGGAGUGUCGGAAUUGGCUGUUAGCACAAUUUUGGACCUCAUGGACGGGUUCCAUAGCCUCACCGGACUGCCGUGGUGGAUGACAAUCUCCUUUUCUACUGUGGCCAUGAGACUGUUGAUACUUCCUGCCCUCAUAGUGCAGCUUCAGAAGACUGCUAAAAUUGGUGAAGUAUUCCGAAGAUUGUCCACUUCAUUACCCACUCCUCAGCCUGGAAAUAACUUCCGUGAAGAGUAUGCUUUGUUCCAGAAGAAAAAGAAGGAGCUUGGUUGUCCCUCAUUUCUUUGGAAUUUUGCCUAUUUUUCGGUACAGUUCCCUUGCUUUAUUCUUUGGAUGAUGAGUAUACGGAGCAUGUGCUUGAAUAAUCACCCUGGAUUUGAUAAUGGUGGGAUUCUGUGGUUCCAUAACUUGACUGAGUUUCCACAUGGCACUUUAGGUCCCACCUUUCCUAUCUUAGUUGCUGGUCUGCAUUACCUAAAUGUUCAGAUUUCUUUUCAGGGCUCCCAGAUCAAGGAUCAUCCAGGAAUUUUUGGCUUGCUGGCUAAGUACUAUAGAAUAUACCUUGAUGUCCUGACUAUCCCUUUGUUUCUUAUUGCAUACGUGGUUCCUCAGGGAAGCCUGGUCUACUGGACUACAAAUGGUUUAUUUUCUGUAGCUCAGCAAUUGUUCUUGAGAAAUGAUGCUUUCCGCAAGCUGUUGGGAUUGCCGGAUACUAGAGCCCACGUUGGUUACAGAGCAGAAAAGUCACCUCUUGAGGUACCUGAGAUGAUGCAGAGGACACAGCUAGAAGAUGCUGACUUGCAAAUGAAAUCGAUGUCUUCUGAUAAGGGAACUGCCAGUGAGAGUACAACUCCUAAUUUUGCAGUGGAAAGUUUGGAAGGAAAUAUAUCUGUGUCCAGCUCACCUGAGGAGCUACUUGAACAAGCAUUACAUUAUCUGGGGACUGGCUGCCGAGAUCAAGCGCUUCCACUGAUCAGGACAGCAGUAGAGAGAAACCCAGAUCUGUCUACAGCGUUGAUUGCAAUGGGACAAACCCUGUUCUCAAAUAAAUUGUUUCCUGAAGCUGCAGUUUGUUUUGAACAUGCUAUACCAAAGAUUCAAGAAGAUGAUCCUCUUCUCGUGCUUGCAUAUUUUGGGGCAGGUCUUUCAAACGAGCGUCAGGGGGAUAAUGAGACGGCAAUCAAACUCCUGCAGAGAUUAGCAGAGCUCAAGGAACCCAAAAAGCCCAUCAACAAAACCUGCUACUUCCAAGGGAUGCUUACUUUGGGAAGUAUAUUAUCUAGAGAAGGCCGGAAUUCUGAGGCUGCCAAAUACCUGCGGAUGGCUAUUGCUUAUGAUCCUGCUGUAGAAAGACUUCUUAAAGAAUGCGAGGAAGGAAUGGAUGAUCAACCAAAGCCAGAGGAGAAAUGAUGUGGUGGACCUGAAAAAGCCACAUUAACAGAGAUAGCAUACUGCUUUUGUUUUUGAACACUAAGACAUGGUUUGUCUGGAAUUGAAAUUCUGGAACGCGAACAAGCAAAUCCUGGGCAAUUAGUGCUAUAGAAGAAAUAUGAAACCAGAGGGUGACAAUUGCACGGUCAUAAUAUCUAGGACAUACUGCUGCCUUUGAAGUCUGCGGUUACCUCACACACAUCUGUCCAAUUUCACACCUUCCAGUGCGCUUGAGCCCCAAGUCCCAACAUACUUUCCUUGUAACUUUGAAUGCCCAACUUGUGUUUUUUGGUAGAAUAUAGUCAUUUCAAAAUUUGUAAAGAAAUCAAUACGCGGCAGAAAUUUCAGCGACAUAAUGAUAUUGUUAAAAAAAUGCACAUGACCUCACGGUAGUGGACA